GUUUCCUUGUCACAAGCGUACAAAUUACAGUACUUGCAGUCAUUGAAGGCAGUCUCCACACAGGUUAGACACUAACACAUCAUAUUCAAUGUGGACCUUCAUCGUGGUUUUCAUCCUUCUGACAGGUGGACACAGAGCACAGGACAUUUUGCAUCAUGCCUGUCCAGAUAAACAUGUUGUGUCUCAGAUUAAUAGUCCCAUUGACAAAUAUCGCCAAGUGAAGAUUGAGUGCAAGGCUUUCAAUGCUACCUCAGGCUGCUCCUGGUCGGGUACCCAGGACAAAGAACUCAGCAACAACUGCCUGGCCAAUCAUGUAGUUGCUGGCGUCUCCAGCAGUUACAACAGCAAACAUGGAGACAGAAGUUGGAAAUUACUCUGCUGCUCUGCUCCAAACUUUAUCACAUUUGAAUGUCGGGAAACCCCAAUGGUCAACUACCUUACUGAAGACUUCAACUGGGAACUCCCUGCAGGCCACUUCCUAACAGGGGUCCAGACUUACCAAAAGAAUACCAAUGGAGAUCAUCGCUGGAGUUUCAAUUACUGCAAAGGAACAACAAAAGAUACCCAGACAGGCAACACACACAUCCUUACUAUGAAGCAACCAGUAAAAGACUUUUUUAUGAAAGGAGAUCGUUCUGUCCGAAACAAAAGGAAUGCAAAAAUCUGUGAAGGCUGCAGAUGGUCAAAGAUACAUGAGAAGGUUCAAGUGCCAUAUACCAUAAGUGAUGCCUUUACCUCCCACGAAAAGACGACUAUUCACUGUGCAAUCAGGGAGUUUGACAUGACCACCUGCAUCCGGUUUGUUCCUCAUAAAGUGCAGCCAGACGACACAGACUACAUCAGCAUUGUGAAAACAAAAGCAACAUGUGAGUCCCAGAUUGGGCGAGCUGGAGGCGAUCAAGAAUUAUCUCUGGGUGAAGGUUGCGUUAAAGUAGGCCACAUUCAGCACGAGCUCAUUCACGCACUUGGCUUCUGGCAUGAGCAAAACAGAAGUGACAGGGAUGAUUACAUCGAGGUCAACAUUGAAAACAUCGUGCCAGAGCAAAUAAAAAACUUCAGAAAAGUUGAGACAAACAACCUCAAUCUUCCAUAUGACUACUCCUCUGUAAUGCAUUAUGCACGGAAAACGUUCUCAAAGAAUGGAGAAGAUACCAUCGAACCCCUCGAUCCUUCAGCACACAUAGGCCAGAGGAAAGGCAUGUCAAAAAUUGACAUUCUGAAGAUCAACAAGCUUUACGACUGCAAGGAUUACCUCCAUAAAUACGGCAAAUGGGACAAUAAGUUGAACAACCCAUUUAGUCGCACGUGUCCUUCUGGCCAAGCUGUUUCUGGCAUCACAAGUCUCUACAAUAGUAACCAAAAAGAUCGACUUUGGGCUUUUUCGUGCAAGGCUUUCGAGUUAACCAGAACAUGCAAGUGGUCAGCUCAUGUGAACGCAUUUGAGGCAGAAUUCAACUUCAAAUGUGGAGACAAUGAAGUGAUUUCAGGGACCAGCAGUACUCACAGCAGCAUUUACCAUGACAGGAAAUGGAAGUUUUACUGCUGUAGUUAUCCUGGUUUUACCACGUCCAACUGCAAAACAACAGAGAUCACCGACUUUAAGGAAUCUUUGAGCUGGACAGCCUCCGACGACUACUUUCUAACGGGAGUGAAAAGCUCCUUUGAUGAUAAAACAUGCGACCGCCAAUGGACUUUGACAUACUGCGAGGGAAACACUCAGAUGCAAGAAUGCAGAUACCAUUAAAAAGAAGGUCCCUGUAGUACUCUUAGUUUCGCUGUUCCACUACAUCUUUUCCGUGACCAACGUACUCCAGUUUCUUUUAAAUUCCUCUUCUCUGUUUCUUAACUUAUAGGUGAUUCUUUCCAUUUCUUUUAUCCCUUUGAAUGUUAGUUUUCAAGUGCUGAUAGAUUGUGGUUAAACAUCCAGCCAAGUUGGUGUGAUUUGUUUGACACUAGAACCACCAAAGGGUCAUUUUAACCUCCCUAGCGUUUUCAAAUGCAUGUCAAUUUGUUAAAAUGAAACCCCUAUAUCUCUCAGUGCAUGACUUUUAGUAAAAUGGGGUUAUUAAUCAUAUAGUGAAUUAUGGGGUGUGUGGGAUAAAGACAAAAAAAAAUAAUAUCAUUUAUACAUAGAACAGCUGAGGGGCCGUUUUUACCGAGCUAGAGCUUGCUAGCUAGCAAGAUAGUCAGAUUUGGAUUUUGGAUUUGGAAACAUGAAUCGGAGCAGAAGAUGGAUGAAUGUCCAAAAAGCUCUGUCAAUGCUCUAGGACAUGAGUGAGGGAGAAUCUGAUGGGGGAGAGAUAACGGCGGACAUGAGUGAGGGAGAAUCUGAUGGGGGAGAGAUAACAGCAGACAUGAGUGAGGGAGAAUCGGAUGGGCGAGAGAUAACGGCAGACACGAGUGAGGGAGAAUCAGAUGCGAGAGAGAUCAAUGACCCGUCAUUUUCACUGGAUGAGGAGUCUUCAUCUGAGGUCCCAGCGGUUCUAAGGGGGUAAUGGAAUGUUGGCGGUUCUAGUGUUAAAUGCGGAUAUGCGUCUUAUUGCAUACAGGUAUUUAUCUCCUUCCAUUUCUAUUCCUAAUGGUGUGGUACCUAGUAUCAUUUUGGACGGUUGUAACGUAUGUAUGUUUGUGACGUCAUCCUGAACUGCCCCCCCAGAGUGUUUUCAACAACUUCAACCCUGAACAGACUUAAAAUGUGUGUGUUCCGCAUAUUUCCUCCACCAUUUGGUAGAUAUUUUGUGUUAGGAAGAGCCUCAUGUUAAUUUUUCUGGCAAAUUCUUUCAAAUAUGUUGAUUAUGUUGUCUUUCCAAUCUUCUUCCAGAAUUAUUAUUGCCAGUUCAGUUUAUUCUUUGGUGUUUUCCACAUUUAGCUUUGUUUCCUGUAGGAUCUUAUACAGUUUUAAGAUCUUACUAUUUUCACUGUUUCUAUUUCUGUUUAUAAAUUUCAGCAACCAAUGCA